AGCCAAAUUUCGGACGGGUAUUGUAUCGAUAUUGUAUCGGCAUCGUACAAUACACGUACCGACUGAACAUAUUCGGUUUUGAAUUGAGCUCAAUUUCGACAUCGGUACUAUUCGCAACGGACCAGUACCGAACAUAUACGAUAUGGUAUUCGGUUUUAAAUUUAGCUAAAUUUCAGUCUACCAUAACCCACCAUUCACCAAUAAUCGUUUCCAAAUCGCCCAUCCCCUGAAUAGGUCCCAUCAAAUAAUCUGUUCCAAACCCUGAAUCAAGCAGCAAAUCUGCAACAACAGUGGCUUCCGCUUCAUAACCACCAGAUUGUUUGCCCUAAUUUUCGAACUUUUGUUCUGUAGGCAUCAAGUAUAUAAGUCAGGACACUAUCCAUCUUGGUACCACUGUUUACUGUUUCUGUAACUACAAAUCGAAUGUGCAAUGAUUAGGAGACUCAAAGUUCCACAAAGAUUAUUUGAUACCAUCUUACACACGAAAGUCACGAUUUUUGUCAACCACAUAACAUGUGAUCACCUAAAAAACCUGAAGAAGAAUGAUACCCUUGUCUUUCCAAACAAAUUCCGUUACCCAGAUGUAUAUUCUUGUACUAAGAUGAUCCAAAGUUAUGUCAGGAACAAUCGGCUUGAUAACGCCUUGAAGGUGUUCGACGAAAUGCCUGUUCGAGAUACAGUUAUGUGGAAUUCAAUGAUUAAAGGUUGUAUUGACUGUGGGUAUCUGGAGGUUGCUUUUAAGCUGUUUGAUGAAAUGCCUGAGAGAAAUGUGGUCUCUUGGACAACAAUGGUUAGUGGGUUGUUGAUGCUUGGGAGGACUGAACUUGCUGAACAACUGUUUUUGGAGAUGCCGUUGAAAGACGAAGCUGCUUGGAAUUCGAUGAUUCAUGGGUAUUUUGUUAAUGGGAAAGUGGAAGAAGCUGUGAGAUUGUUUCACAAGAUGCCAAGUAGGAGUGUCAUUUCUUGGACCUCGAUGAUUAGCGGACUUGAUCAGACCGGAAAGAGUGAUGAGGCAUUGUUUAUUUUCAAGCAGAUGUUGUUUUGCGGUGUUCAGCCUACUUCGAUGACAUUUUCAUCUGUGUUAACAGCUUGUGCAAAUGUAAAAGAUUUACGUUUAGGUCUAUUGAUUCAUGGCAAUGUAGUGAAGCUUGGUUACCUCUCAGACGUAUAUAUUACGGUUCCUUUAAUUACAUUCUAUGCACAUUGCGCGGAUAUUAAUAGUUGUUGCAAAGUUUUCUAUGAGAAGGCACACAGUUCUGUAGUAGUGUGGACGUCUCUUUUAACCGGAUACAGUAUAAAUUGCAAACAUGAGAAUGCAUUAGAAGUGUUUUCCGAUAUGUUUAGAUCCAAUGUUCUUCCUAAUCAAUCUUCGUUUACCAGCGCUUUAAAUUCAUGUUGCGAAUUGGAGGCUUUGGAUAGAGGGAAAGAAAUUAACGGAGCAGCUGUCAAACUAGGACUCGAAACCGAUGUUUUUGUAGGUAAUUCGCUUAUUGUUUUGUAUACCAAAUGUGGGAAUAUAAACGAUGGGUUGUUCAUAUUCAAAUCAAUAGCUGAAAAGAACACUGUUUCAUGGAAUUCAAUGAUUGUUGGGUGUGCACAACAUGGUUACGGCAAGUGGGCGUUAAUCCUUUUUAACCAAAUGAUACGCAACGGCGUCUCACCUGAUGAUAUAACCUUUACUGGGCUACUGUCUGCAUGUAGCCGUUCGGGGAUGUUAAACAAAGGAAGAUGCAUUUUUAACUUCUUAUUAAACGAUAAGUCUGUGAACGUGAAGCUUGAGCACUAUGCAUGUAUGGUGGAUAUCUUAGGACGUAACGGAGGGUUAAACGAAGCUGUAGAGUUGGCUAAAAACAUGCCGAUGGAACCGAAUACAUCUAUUUGGCUAGCUUUGUUAAGUGCGUGUAAAACGCAUUCAAAUUUAAAAUUGGCGGAAACAGCCGCAGAAGCCAUUUUCAACGUAGAUCCGAAUUGCAGUGCUGCUUAUACACUCUUAUCUAACCUAUACGCUUUUGCCGGUAGAUGGCAUGAUGUUUCGAGAAUACGUGGACUGAUGAAAAACAACGGGAUUACGAAAGAACGGGGACUCAGUUGGGUCAAUUUGAAGGGAUUACGGCAUGAAUUCUAUUCUGGGGAUAAAUCUCACCCUAUGACAACUGAAAUAUAUGCGAAACUUGAGUGGAUUGGAGAAAAACUGAAGGGAUUCGGUUAUGUUCCCGAUCAAAUGUUUGCUUUACAUGACAUUGAAGAUGAACAAAAGGAAACGUUGUUAUUAUAUCAUAGUGAGAGGCUUGCUAUCUGUUUUGCAUUACUUUGCAGCGUUGAAGGAAGUACCAUAACAGUGAUGAAGAAUCUUCGUGUAUGUGGAGAUUGUCAUUCGGUUAUUAAACUUAUAGCAAAAAUUGUCAAGCGUGAGAUUGUUGUAAGAGAUUCUAGCCGUUUUCAUCACUUUAAAGAUGGAUUUUGUUCUUGUGGUGAUUAUUGGUGAUUAUUGAGGACAAAAGUUGUACUCUUAAUGGAAUAUUACGUGCUCAAAGAUGUUUUGGAGGUCACAAAGCUCUUUAUUUGCCGAGGGAGAUGAAAUAAAGAAUUUUCAGACUUCAAUUUUUGCACACGUUCUAGAUUUAUUCUGAAAACUGGAUUAUUUUACCAACAAAGUGUAAUCUGGUGAUUACAUUUUCACCUUUUUAUGCAGUUCUCCGGGAAAACGAUAGAAAGGAGUUUUCAAUCUUACUACACAGACAAAGUUCGGUUUUGAUUAUACAAAAGCGGAUUAAGGCAAGGAUUAUCAGGAAAAAGUUCAAAAACUUUGUGAUGCAUCAGAUGUAUUACAAGCUGAGAUCUUGGUGGUUCUCUUUGACUUAUGAUAUGGCAUUCUACAUGGACCUCACUACCUUAGGGUCCGUACUAAGAAAGUCAUUUAAAAGAUUUUAACUCUUCAAAUCCUACAAAGGGUGCUCUUUAUCCAACCGUCCAAUAUGUGAUCUAUGUUGAAAAAAAAAUCAGUUUGGGACAUAUCACAACAUGAUUUCUCACUCCAGGGUGUAAGUGGAGGGUGAGUUUGAUAUGCUUAUUAGUACAGGAUAAUGAUGAUUGAGGUGGAUGUUGCUAACUUCCACCAUGAUCACAUAAUUGCUCCGAGUGGCUAAUAACUUGGUUUAUAUUUAAUUUGGCCCCAUGCUCGUCAUUCCCAGAAAUGAGAUUCUUUUGUCUUUUUAUCGUCAAUUAACUAACUAGGAGCUUGGCUCGUUAAACUUGAGGGAGUUCGAGCUCGGCGCGUGAAUAAUUUAACAAGAUCAAGCUCGGCUCAGACUCGUCUCCUUUGUUAUUUAUUUGUUUAAUUAUUUAUGUUGUAUAUAAUCAUAAUUAUAUCUAUAACAUAAUAUACUAUCUAGUUCUUUUAAUCAUAAUUAUAUAUGUGUGUGUGUAUAAUAUAUAUUGUAUUAUCUUAUUUUAUAGAGUAAAGUACACUGAUGGUCCCUGUGGUUUACUAAAUUUUGGAUUUGGUCUCUAGCUUUCCAAAAGU